AUGAGUGACCCCAACAACCCCAACAUUCAGAAGAGGACAACCCCUCAAUGGGGUCUCUACCAAAGGGAGAACUUCUGGAAGCUGAAUGAGGGCAAGACUGUCCCUUUCAACACAGACCCCAAGAAGUUGGAAGAAAAGGCAAAGGAAGUCCUCAGUCUGGGAGGAUGGUACUAUGCAUCUUCGAAUGCUGGCAUGUCCAACACACAUCUUGCCAACCGACAGGCAUUCUUCCGUCACCGUAUCAUCCCGAACCAGCUCGUGGACACCAACCUCCGAGACACCACUACAGAGAUCUUCGGCCACAAGGUCUCCGCCCCCAUUGGAUUCGCACCUAUCGGUAUCAACAAGAUCUACCACAACCUUGCUGAGGUGCCCGUUGCCAAAGUGGCUGGCGAGUUGAAUCUGCCAUACUGUCUCUCCACGGCAGGGAGCACACCGAUCGAGAAAGUCGCUGAAGCGAACGGCAAAGGCCCACGCUUCUAUCAGCUAUACAUGCCACACGACGACGAACUGACCCUUUCACUGCUCAACCGUGCCUGGAAGUCUGGUUUUGACGCCCUGAUCCUCACAACCGAUACCUGGCAACUGGGCUGGCGACAUGACGAUGUCGCUAACUCCAACUACGCCUUCUACCGCGGCAUCGGCGCGGACCUUGGUCUCAGCGACCCUGUAUUCCAGAAACGAUGCCGCGAGGCCGGCAUCGACCCAGAGAAAGACAAAGUCGCAGCAUCCGCGAAGUGGAUCGACAGCGUCUGGCACGGCCGCGCCUGGUCCUGGGAGAAGAUCCCAUGGCUGAUCAAGGAGUGGAAGCGCAUCUCCGGCGGCCGCCCUUUCGCCAUCAAGGGCAUCCAAUCCGUCGCUGACGCCAAGAAAUGCGUCGAGCUAGGCGUCGACGGUAUCGUGGUCAGUAACCACGCCGGCCGCCAAGUCGACGGCGCCAUUGCGUCCCUCGACGCCCUCGAGAACAUCGCGAACGCCGUCGGCGACAAGAUCUAUAUCAUGUUCGACUCUGGCGUGCGUGGGGCCAGUGAUGUCGUCAAGGCCCUCUCGCUGGGUGCCAAGUUCGUCUUCAUCGGCCGUCUCUGGGUCUGGGGUCUCAGUAUCAUGGGUGAAGAGGGUGUUCGACACGUCAUGAAAUCCCUUCUUGCUGAUUUGGAUAUUCUCAUGGGCGUGGGUGGAUUCAAUAGCGUGAAGGAUUUCAAUAAGGAUAUUCUCGAAUCGUACCCGAAGGGGUAUACCUUGAUUGCUGAUAAAUCGGCCAUCUAA